AUGACAAUCUCUUCUACCUCUAACAGCGCGGGCGCGGCAACCCUCGCCGAUGAGCAGCUUCCCGAGGCUGGUGAGACGGCGCCCCUGCUCGGCCAUGACACCCCGCCGCCACUGCAACAGAAGAGCAGCCGGCCGUCGCCAUUUACGCGCCCCGUGUCCGUCGUGACGAUUCUCGUCUACGUCGUCUACUUUGUCGCGCUCGAGUUAUCCCAGUCACUGCCGGGGAAUGCGUUCCAUCAGGUAGUCGAGGAGAAUCUCUGCCGCGACAUGCACGGUCGCGCCGAUGCAGAAUUUUGCGGCGCCGACAAUGACGUGCAGUCGGCGCUGGCCGUCCUAUUCGCAUGGCACGGCACCGUGCAGCUCCUGCCAGGGCUGCUUACCGCGAUACCAUACGCUCUACUUGCGGAUCGCUACGGCCAAAAACCCUUCAUCAUCAUAAACGCUUUCGGAGUAGCUCUUGCCGCGGCAGGCGAUCGAUUUAUUUGCUACUGGCCGCAGACCUUUUCCGUCUAUUCUCUCUGGGCUGCUCCUCUUCUCUCCUUUGUUGGAGGAGGCCUGCAGGUUUGUAAUGCUCUGCUGUUUUCCAACGUCACAGGCCUUACUACCGACGCUUCUCGGUGCGCCCAAUACUCUGACAAUGUUUUCUACUCAGCCAUGAUCGCUUUAGCUGAUCGUUUCAACAGUCCCUCGGUCAUCUCCGUCCUGGUAACGCUUGCCUAUGGUCCCCGCCUAAUCGCCACCAUGGCCAGCUCUAAAAUGAUCCAGCUUUAUGGCCCUUGGCUGCUGCUAUGGCUCAGCCUUGGGUCCGCCGUUCUAGCUUUUUUCUCGGCCUUUUUCUUGCUUGAGCCAACGCAGAGGCCAAGGUCUUCCGCCGAUGCCAUCGCAAGCGGAAGCACUGCCGGCCCACUAGCUGACGACGACGACCAAUACUUCAGCAAGGGCGGACUCAAGGCCCGAAUUCUUAAGAGCUAUCAGGAGACGAUGGCUGGAUUUUCAUAUUUGCUCAAACAGUGUGAUUUACGCGUUUUCAAGCUUGCCAUUUGCUUGCUGGUCAUGACACUAGCUUGGCAAUCUAACGGACUCAGCUCACAGAUUAUGCGAAAAAGGUUUGGAUGGACAUGGGCAAACCUUUCAUACCUCACCGCCUUAGAAGUUGCUUUUUCCAUUAUAUCUUCUAUGGUUCUAUUUCCAGCUGCAUCCUAUAUUAUGUCUAUAAAGUUCUCAAUGGCAACUGAAAGACGAGAUAUGAUAUUAGCACGUUUAUGCGGGCUCCUUUUUCUUAUUGGAUCGAUUUUAGUCAUAUCUGCAUUUACAAGUACCAUUAUGAUCUUUGGCGUCGUUAUCUGGACACUUGGUUCCAUGUACAACCUGAUCCUGAGGAACUUGCUUGUAUUAGCAGUUGGCGAAAACUCCGUCGUCCUUUUCAGCUGCGUCAACACUGUCGAGACGAUCGGUAACCUCGCCAUAGCGCCAAUCAUUGCUCACUUGUUCAAGUUGGGGUUGCAUUUUGGCGGCGUCUGGGUGACUAUGCCAGUUAUGAUUGGCAGUGGCUUUUCCGUCCUUGCGCUCCUGAUACUUGGUCUCAGAGGUAGCUAA